AUGGGCGCUGCCGUGAGGGACGAGGCUGCUGCUGCCGCCGAGCAGCAGCCUGCCCGUUCCGAGUCCGAGUCGGCGGCCGUUGUAGCUGUCGCUCGUGAUGGCAACGACAAGUCGACUGUACCGGCCAAAGACGACAAGUCUUCCGGGGGCGACUUCUUCACCUACUUCCGUCUGCUCUUCUAUGCCAACCCGACAUGGUUCGACAUCCUUCUCCUCGUUGUCGGCACCAUUGCCGCCGCCGGCUCCGGUGUCCCCUUUCCUAUUAUGGGCAUCAUCUUUGGUGACCUGCUCGACAACCUCAACAAGGCAUCAUGCGAGGUCGGCAAAUCUCAGCCUACUGGCGAUAUCCAGUCGGACACCAACUCGAAGGUUCUGCUCAUUGUCUACAUCGCUAUAAGCAGCCUGGGCUCCAUCUUCAUCUAUGCCGUCUCCUGGGGUCUCUUCAGCCGCCGUCUUGAAGCCCGCAUUAGGGACCGCUACUUCAGAACCCUGCUCCGACAAGAUGCCACUUUUUACGACAAGCGACAGGCCGGAGAGCUCACUUCAAGGCUCAAUGCCGACAUACAAGCUGUGCAAUCCGGCACCUCCGAAAAGGUUGGCAUCUGCAUCGGCUGCUUUUCUUUCUUCGUGUCCGCAUACGUCGUUGCGUUCAUCAGGGACACAACCCUCGCUGCCAUUCUUAUAUGCCUGAUCCCGGCCUUCUUCAUCAUGGCCGGCGUUGGCAGUGUCUUUACAACAAAGUUUGCGACUCGCAUGUCGGAUGCCAUUGCGUCAGCUUCUUCCAUUGCCCAGGAAACCCUGUCGCACAUCGCCGUCGUCCAGGCUUUUGGGGCCGGUCCCCGUCUCGAGGGCAAAUUCGCCUCCCGAAUGUUGCAGGCUCAAGGACACGGCGUGAAGAAGGCGAUCACAGCAGCCAUCCAGGCUGGGUCCAUCUACUUCAUUGCCUACUCAGCCAAUGCGCUCGCAUUCUGGCAAGGAAGUAGGCAAAUUGCAGACAUCGUCGAGAAGGGAGACAACUACGUCUCGGUCGGUCGCGUGUAUACUGUUGUCUUCCUCAUUGUGGAUGCCUGUGUGAUCCUUGGAUCCAUCGCCCCUCUUCUGCCGCUCCUGGGUAAUGCUGCCGCAUCGUUCAAGAAGCUUCGUGCCGAUAUCGACGCCCCGUCUGCCAUUGACUCUCAAGCCGACACCGGAGAGAAGCUCCCAACUUCGAUUUCAGGGACCGUCGAAUUUCACGAUGUUACCUUCGCCUAUGUGUCUCGACCCGAGCGGCCGGUACUCAAAAAGGUGUCCUUCACUUGCCCUGCCGGGAAACACACUGCUCUGGUUGGCCUAUCAGGAAGUGGUAAAUCGACGGUCGCCGGCCUUACUUGCAGACUCUAUGACCCAACAGAGGGCACGGUUUGUCUGGACGGCCAUGACCUCCGCACAUUGAACGUGAAGAAUCUGCGAAGCUUCAUGAGCUUAGUUCAGCAGGAGCCGUCACUGCUGGAUCGCUCAAUCUUGGAGAACAUCGCUCUCGGUAUGCUCAACUCUCCCUGGCCAGCACAUCAGCGCUUCCAAUCCGUCAUUCUCAGCACAGGCUUGGCGGAGGUUGCCUCGAGCGUGAGAGCUGGAAAGUCUUUGGAUGAGGCUGCUCAGUCUCAAGGCCAGGAUAUGGUAGACCUGGUCAAGUUGGUUAGGGAGGCUGCCUCCCUGGCCGACGCGUCCGGCUUUGUUGAUAGACUGGACAAUGGCUACGGUACUGAGGUCGGAACUGGUGGCAAGCUUGUCAGCGGUGGUCAGAGGCAACGACUUGCACUCGCACGUGCCCUGAUCCGGGAUCCCAAGAUUCUUAUUCUUGACGAGGCGACCGCCUCUCUGGACUCGGCCAGCGAACAUCGGAUUCAAAUGGCCGUUGAGUCCAUCGCAAAGGACAGAACACUCAUCGCCAUUGCCCAUCGUCUGUCGACCAUCAAGAACGCAGACAACAUUAUUGUCAUGAACAACGGCGAGAUAGUCGAGCAGGGAACACAUCUCGAACUGAUGGCCCUCAACGGCUCGUACGCAGGCAUGGUCCGCUUGCAAAAUAUCGAGUCCAAGCAAAAUGACGACACUCCUUCGGUGACGAGCACGGCUCGUGAGGACGCGGAGACUAUCGAGAAAGAUUCUUUGCUGGAGGAGAAGGCUUCAGGGGCACAAAAGACGCGAUCUAACGAGACCGCGACAGACCCAGAUGCUCCGAGCACGCCAAAUGAGCCCGCAGUCAAGGAGCUGGAUUCGCACAAAUCCACAGGCCAGAUCAUCAAACAACUCGCCAAGAUGGCCAGGCCUAACCUCCUGUGGAUCGUUCUUGCAAUCUUUGCCAGUGUCAUUGUUGGUGCAAGUUUCACGGGUGCUGGUCUCAUUUUUGGCAACACAGUCGGGAGCCUCAGCCCCUGCAACACGGCCGAUCACAUUCGGUGGGCGGGACGCUUCUUUGGAGGCAUGUACUUCAUGCUCGCCUGCGUGGAGCUAAUCGCAAACUCGAUCAGUUGGUCUGGGUUUGGCUACGUGGCUGAGAAGCUGCUGUACCGCCUUCGUGUGCUUUGCUUCCGCUCCAUGUACGAGCAGGGACUCGACUGGCACCAGUCUGGCGGACGCACGCCGGCUUCACUCCUCUCCGUCAUCACAGCCGAUACCGCGGCCAUCGGCGGCUUUAGUGGCUCUAUAUUGGGGACCAUCUUCUCCAUUGUUGUCAACUUCGUCAUCGCCAUCACAGUGUCUCAUAUUCUCAACUGGAAGAUCGCAGUAGUCUGUCUGGUUACGGUGCCCAUCCUCCUAGGCUCCGGAAUCCUGCAGCUGCGUGCGUUGUCGAGGUUUGGGCGGAAGCAUGCAGGCGCAUUUUCAACGGCCAUCGGCAUCACGGUCGAAGCUGUCAACUCCUUCAAGACCAUUUCAUCGCUGUCACUGGAGCAGGAAGUUCUCGGGAGCUAUCGCCGGGCUCUAAGCGCGCCACAAAAGGAGAUGACGCUCGCGAGUGCGCACGCCAAUCUGUUCCUCGCCAUCUCCAACAGCUGCGGCGCAAUGAUCUAUGCGUUCGCCUACUGGUGGGGUUCCACAAGAAUCACCAAAGGAGAGGCCACACCUACACAAUUCUUUGUUAUUCUCAUCGCCAUGCUCGUGAGCGCUCAGCUGUGGGGUAAUAUGUUUACGUUGGCGCCCGAGGUAUCCAAGGCUCGAGAAGCUGGUUCUCGAAUUCUGAGCCUCUUGGACUUGACCUCGUCGCAGGAUGUGUCGCCUGGCAAGACCGGCGCAGGUGACGAGAGCGAAAAGAGAGACGAUGUCGAGGCCUUGGCAGACGCGGCACCAACAUCCAGCUCGGGGAACAGAGGUGCCACGGUUGUCUUCAAGGAUGUGGGUUUUGCGUACCCUGCUCGUCCUGAUGUACCUAUCCUGCAGGGCAUGUCGUUCACCAUCCCAGCGGGUCAAUUCUGCGGUCUCGUUGGGCCGUCAGGGGCGGGCAAGUCCACCAUCAUGUCGCUCGUGCAGCGCAUGUACUAUCCUACUCGGGGAACGGUGGAAGUCAAUGGGGUGGACAUCUGCGCCCGUGAUGGCACAGAGUUCCGCAAUGAUAUUGCUGUCGUGCCGCAGGAUUGCGCUCUGUUUGACGGCACCAUCAAGUUCAACGUCGGGCUUGGAUCCACGCCUCACCACGAGGCAACGGAUGCCGAGAUUGAGGAAGCAUGCAAGCUGGCCAACAUGCACGAGACCAUCAUGGCGAUGCCCAAGGGCUACGACACGGAAUGCGGACCUAACGGGUCCCGGCUGUCUGGUGGGCAGCGCCAAAGACUGGCGAUUGCCCGCGCUUUGGUUCGAAAGCCUCGAUUGCUGCUCCUUGAUGAGAGCACCAGCGCGCUGGACGCUGAGAGCGAGAAGGCUCUUCAGGAAGGCCUCGAGCGGGCGGCUCGCGGUAUCACAGUCAUUGCCAUCACGCACCGGCUGCACACGGUGCGCAAGGCUGACGUGAUUUUCGUGGUUGAGGGCGGCAAGGUGGUCGAGAAGGGCCGCCACGAGGAGCUUGUCGAGAGGAGUGAGAGCUACAGGGUGAACGCCCUGCAGCAGAUGCUUGACGGUUAA